ACGUACUUUCUUAGUGUUGAUGAAGAAAAAAGCAACAAAAGUGCAGCUAAUAUUGGCACGUAUAGCUAUGUAUUAAAGUCAGGAACCAUGGUCAAAGAUAAAUUCUGUGCCAUGCUAUUGCGUAGGCGUAUGUGACCGUUUGCUGCUUCACUUUUCUCGUGGUUGUAAUUAUUAGAUAAGAAAUAGCGGAGCCGGUGAAUAUACUUUGCAAUGGCCGGUUAGCUAAGUUGGCUGAAAUGUCAUUCUCAGUGUUGUUGUAGCUCCAUUUAUAUGAAAGCACAUUGCAAUCAUGACGCUUCCAGCGCUGCAGAACACCAGUGUGCUCUACCGAAGAAUACUGUCGCAGUUCCCUCAAGACAUCAGCCUUGCAUUUGCUUAUGGAUCUGGAGUAUUCAAACAAAAUGGAACUAGCCAAGGUCAAAUGGGGAAAAACAUGCUGGAUUUUGUGUUCGCUGUAGACGAUCCAGUCACCUGGCAUACCAUGAACCUGAUGCAGAACAGAAAACACUAUUCUGUAUUAAAGUUCCUGGGUCCGAGGAAGAUCAGCCGAAUACAGGAAGAGCACGGGGCUGGGGUGUACUACAACACCUUAGUACCUGUGGAUGGAAGGAUAAUGAAGUAUGGCGUGAUCAGUACUGACUCUCUGAUUGACGACCUGCUCCACUGGAAGACCAUGUAUAUUGCUGGCAGACUGCACAAACCGGUGAAGAUCCUAGUGCAGGGUGAGAACGGGAAGAUGCGUGCUGCGUUGGUGGGGAACCUGAAGAGCGCUGUGACUGCCUCCUUCCUCAUGCUUCCUGAGAGCUUCUCUGAAGAGGACCUUCUCCUGCAGAUUGCUGGGCUCUCCUACGCCGGGGAUUUCAGGAUGGUGAUUGGAGAAGACCGGUCCAAGGUGGCUAACAUUGUCAAGGAAAACGUCCAGCACUUCCGCAUCCUCUACAACAAUAUUCUGCAGGAGUGUCCACAGGUGGUGUACAAGCCACAGCAGGGGAAACUGGAGGUGGAUAAGAGUCCAGAAGGUCAGUUUGUCCAGCUGAUGGCCCUCCCCAGGACCCUGCAGCAGAGGAUCACACGACUGGUGGACCCGCCUGGGAAGAACAGGGACGUGGAGGAGAUACUACUACAGGUGGCCCAGGACCCAGACUGUGGUUCCGUGGUGCAGCAAGGGAUAUCGUCAAUAGUGAAGUCGUCAAGCAUAACUCAGACCGCCAAAGGAAUCGCCACGGCUGGGCUGAUGUACAGGUCUACCUGACUGUGUUCUCCUCAUACAGGGCUGCUGAAGUCUCUGUCCUACAGCACCAAGAAGCUCCAGAAGAUGUGGAAGGGCUGGAGAAUGAAGACACCUUGAUCCUCCCAGUUAUAUUUAAUCAAUAAGGCCCGAGGGGGUGUGGUAUAUGGCCAAUAUACCACAGGCUAAGGGCUGUUCGUACGUACGAACGACGCAACGCAGAGUGCCUGGAUACAGCCCUUAGCCUGUGGUAAUAUUGGCCAUACAUCACAACCUCCCCGAGGUGCCUUAUUGCUUAAAUAUAACUGGUUACCAAUGUAAUUAGAGCAGUAAAAAUAAAUGUUUUGUCAUACCCGUGGUAUAUGGUCUGAUAUACCACGGCUAUCAGCCAAUCAGCAUUCAGGGCUCGAACCACCCCGUUUUUAUAAAUGGCUAUAUACUGUACAGUUCCUUUCUGCCUGGAUGAACUGAUAUACCAACCUGUUCCCCUUGGGGGCAUUGUUCAAGAGGAUGCAACAUCACACAACGUUUUAGAUGGAUAGAAAUGUGUUGUGCACAACAUAUAUAUACGAUACUCUGUCAUGCACAAUAGGGAAUUGUUAUAAUUUUUUACCUGCAGCGUUGUGAAUGUUUCACCUAACUGAAUAUAACCCAGUUACACAAAGAGGUCCUUUUUUAAAAACGAAGCCCUGUUUCCCUGCACCUGUCUUAAUCUACAUGUCUAUAGGGUCUGUUGACCGUUUUAAAUCGGCCAUUACCUGGGGUGUAUUCAUUCCGCCAAACCAAACUUGUUUUUAGUUGCAGACGUUUCGUCAAACAGAACAAAACCGGGAGUGCUGAUCGAUUUUAUUUUUUUUAUUUUUAUUUUUUUUAACUGAAAUUUUGGUUGGAGGCGGCUUAUGGUGAGACAAAUGAACAUGCGAUUCUAUGGCAACAGCUCCGGUGAACAUUCUUGCAAUCAGCACGUUCCCUCAACUUGACCAUCUGUGGCAUUGUGUUGUGACUAAACUGCACAUUUUUAAAGUGGCCUUUUUUUGUUGUCGUCUCCCAGCAAAAGGUGCACCUGUGUAAUGAUCAUGCUGUUUAAUCAGUUUCUUGAUAUGCCACACCUGUCAGGUGGCUGCAUUCUCUUGCUCGCGAACAAAUCUAUGCACAAAAUUUGAGAGAAAUAUGCUUUUUGAGCAUUUCGGGGAUAUUUUACGUUCAGCUCAAGAAACAUGGGACCAACAUUUUAUAUGUUGCGUUUUAUAUUUUGCUUCGGUGUACAAUGACAAGAAUCUAUAGCACGUAGAAGGUGUCUGGUCUGUGUGGUGCAGACACGGAGAGACAGAAGAACACAUGAUAGCUGCUUUGCCAGGUAUCUCUACCUGAAAAUACAUGAUCCAAGUGAUUGAUCGUUGGUAUUCAGCAGUCAUAAAAGUAUGCCUUUUUUUUUUUUUAACUUUGAAGAACUAAUAAAAUUGUGUUUUCUUGUUGUCAGACAGCAGCUCUAUAGAGAUGAGGUGACGUGGAAUUCAAAUGAUAAAGUUAUCAUAUUGACCUAAAACAGCAGAAAUACCUUAUUACAGUAAUGUGAAUAAAUUAUGGCUUAAGUGAUGAGCAGUAAUGGACAGUCAAUACCAUCAUGGAAUGUAUUGUUUUAUUUUGUGUCAACCCACAAUGCGUUUCAUGUCAAAACAAAAUAAUUGAAACCAAAAUGGAAAACCGGCACCAGGAGGGACCUAUCUGAAUUUGACUAAUAGAAACUCACCAAACUAAAAUGUUUUGUUUGGCAGACUGCAUUCUCCCCUUGGAUAACAUCUCGGCACAUUGUGUGUCACCCACAAUGAUGUAGGUUGUAAAAUGACUUUUUAGUGCACUUAAAAAGAGAGUGAAAGAAACGGUAUGUCACUCAUAUCUUUGUAAAAUGGCAGUUAUAAUGAGAAUGGAAUAAAGCGUCAUCACCUUGGUUCCCGGUAAUCAGUCUCUCCACCCCCCCACUGCACUUAACUCAAACGUUUUUCCACGUGAUAGACGGGUUUGCUGACAACGAAAACAAUGGUGCAGAAUGCAGUGUGUUUCUGAACGGUGAAAUACCUAACGAUAAUGACAAGAAUCUGCCACGUGGGAAGUAAUGGGUGGCUCGUUUUUAAUCUUGUUUUUGACUCCGUGUCUUGUUUUGAUUGUCACGUCUUUGCUAAGAAGGUUUGAAUUCACUAUAGCUUGCUAACCAACAACUGGAAUGAUGUAUUUGAGACAAGUGGUCAUUUGCGAAAAAUGUAAGUUUUCAAUAAACAUUAAAGACGAAAUAUAGUUUACAUGUUGUAAACAAUCUAAGCCAA